AUGUCGAUGUUGGACCAAUUGCAAGAGAUGGGUUUUCCACUUGAUCUUGCGUAUGUUUUGUGUGGGAAAAACUUGGCUGAUGACCAAGCUGUAAUGUUUCAUGCUAUGCGCACUAAUCACGAAGAAUUCAGUGAGUCAGCAGAAGUUUUAAAACCAUUAACACAAGAAGAAAAGAAAGAGAAAUUGGCAUCUCUACAACAUAAAUUAAAGGAAAUUAAAGUCAGAAAGGAAGAAGAGGAGAAAAAAGAAGCACUGGAGAAAGAAAAACGUCGUCGACUAGAAGGCAAAUCAAUGGCCAAGGUUGAACAAGAAAGAAAAGAUUUGGAAAUAAAAAAAUUGUUAGAGCAGAAGAAGCGCGAGAAGCAGGAAGAAGCGGAAGCACGCAAACGUGUAUUGGAACAAAUUCGUUUGGAUCGGGAAGCUCGUAAAGCAGCUCAAGAACAGAGGCAGCAACCGCAAUCUGCAUCGCCUAAUGAAGUUAGAGAUGAUAGUUUUUGUCACAUCCAAGUUCGGCUCUUUGAUGGAUCUGUUAUUAAGGAGAAGUUCAAAUCGGAUGAGCCUUUGUCCCACGUACGUUUAUGGGUAGAAAUGAAUGAUAAAAAUCUGACAAUGAAAGGCACUCCAUUUACUCUUAUGACCCCAUUUCCGCGCAAAAUUUUCACGGAGGAAGACAUGGAAGCGCCCAUCAAAGCACAUGGGCUAGUACCAACGGCAAAUAUGGUUGUUACUCGUUUUGUCCCAUGA